CAUACUCUACCCUUUGCCCGCCCUGUUUUAUGAAGGCCCAGCCCCUUGAACAUGUCUGGACUCGCCCCUGGCUGAGACUAGGUGUUUUCAAAUUCUGUCAGACUGAAUAGGGGUUUUGCCAGUUUUGACAAGAUAAAGUAACUUAAAACUGCAAUGGACAUCAUAGAACCAAUUCUGGCCAUUGCAGAAAAACUGUACGCCCUAUGUGGGGAGGUCCAGACCAACAAGAAGCGCUGCAAGCGUUUAGCCCACCGUGUGUCCACUCUGGCUAAGCUGGUGGAAUCUGUGAAGGUUCAUGGCUUUGGGACAGAGCCCGAACAGGUUAAAAAUGGACUUAAACAACUUAAACUCACUCUGGAGUCAGCAGAGAGGGUAGUAAGGAAAUACACUUCCCUUGGCUAUUUUAAACGCAUCACAAAAGCGUAUGAUCUCGGCGAGGAGUUCAACGGCCUAAAUGAAAGGCUGAACGAUGCGGCUCAGUUACUUUCUCUAGCGCUUCAAGUCGAGCACAGAGGGAGUAUAGAGAAAGUGUUUCAAGAAGCAACGAGGUACCGGGAAGAUGAAGACGAUAGGCAGAGUGACUUUCUGGAACUUCGGAAUUUGCUCCAGUCUUUAGCCCAGGAGGGCAAAGGAAUAAACACGACAGUUGAUGCUGUGCAAAAGACAGUUGACCAAACACAAAGAGAUGUCCAGGGUAUUAAAGACAUGCUGGAGUCAUUGAAAAAACCCCGCCUUCAUCUGCAGGACAUUAGAGAGAUUAAACCAGAAGAGCUGACCUACAGUUUCCCUAAUGAACCACUUCUGAAGUGCAACCAUUCUGAACUAUACAAAGGGAUGUACAACAAGUUCACUGUGGCUAUCAAGAGAUACUCAUGCCCACUGAACACCAACCCCUGCCCCAGUGAGUUGAGGAGUAUCUUUAACAAGGAGGUGGAGACCAUGAAGCGCUUUGAGUCACCCAAUAUCUUAAGAAUGUUUGGUAUCUGUGUUCAGGAUGAGAAUGGACCGAAUCCAAGUUACUUGAUAGUCAUGGAAUACUGUGAGAAGGGUAGUCUUCGACAAGUCCUGGACAGUAAUAGCAAUCUGCCCUGGGACAGAAAGACUCAAAUGUGUCUGGAUGCAGCUCAGGGGCUCUACAGAUUGCAUCAGUCAGAAGAAAAGUUUAAAGUGCAUGGUUCCAUCAGAAGCAGCUGUUUUCUAGUGGCUGCUGGCUACAGAGUGAAGUUGGGAGGCUUUGAGUUGGCAAGAACAGAAACUUCUCUUCAGAAGAAUAAAUCCAAAAAGAACAGUGCUUUCCAUUACAGUUCUCCACAACAGCUUCAGAAUAUCAAUCAUCCUUACGACAAGGCAUGCGAGAUAUACAGUUUUGGCAUUGUUUUGUGGGAAAUUACAACACGAGAUGUUCCUUUUAAAGACUGUUUUUCCCAGAGUCAGAUCUAUCAAAAAGUGUGUGUAGAGAAGGUCAUGGAGCCACUUCCUACAGAUUGUCCCGAACAGCUAAAAGAGCUCAUCAAUGCGUGCCGUUUAUUUGAGCCCUUUCAAAGACCAACGGCUGGAGGGUCUGGUACUGAAGAUGUACCUCCUCCUCCUCCUGCUGCUGACUCCGAGGACGACAGCAUACAAAGUCCACGAUAUUCUGGACUCCCGACGACGGGGGGGGGGGCUGGAAUACCUUGUGGACUGGGAAGGCUUCGGGGCCGAGGAAAGAUGCUGGGUUGUCACGGAUACAUCUGCUUCAGUGCCAGAUUCCUUCACUCCGCCCACCCGAUCGGCAUCCCCGCAAUUCUAAUCACCAUCACCUGUCACCACCACCUGCACUCAAUCCCCGUCUCAUUCACCAGCACCUUAAAAGACUCACCCGUUCACUUCUUCAUUGUUUGGUCUCGUCGGCACAUCCGACCUCAGACUCCCACUACGCUACUUACCUGAUACCUACCUGAUUCCAGUCCUUCAUCUGAUCCUUCAUCUUCAGUCCUGUUCCCGUUCCUCUGGAUUCCCUCUUCAGCCUGCCUACCGAUUCCAAUCAUCCUGCACAGAUAAGAGACUUUGAUUAAGACUGUUCUGAGAUACCUUCAAUUAUCCUCCAACCCGUUACUCACCUGCCAUUCCUCAUUGUGCAUCUUUUUCAAUAAACCAGUUCAACUUACCAGUCUGUGUC